GGGGAACAAUUUGCCAAUGCCUUUUUUGAUACCGCCAAAAAGAUUGAAAUUGCAAAAGCAUUAGAUGAUUUCGGUGUUGAAUAUAUUGAACUUACUUCUCCAGCUGCUUCUGAACAAUCAAGGCAAGACUGUAUUGAGAUUUGCAAACUAGGAUUGAAAGCAAAAAUUCUGACUCAUAUAAGAUGUCAUAUGGAUGAUGCAAGAAUCGCGGUUGAAACUGGCGUUGAUGGCGUGGAUAUUGUCAUAGGAACUUCAUCUUAUCUACGAGAAUUUUCACACGGAAAAGACAUGGAUUAUAUUGCUAAUGCAGCGACCGAAGUUAUCAAAUUUGUUAAAUCUAAGGGAAUCGAAGUUCGAUUUUCCUCGGAAGAUUCGUUCCGAAGUGAUCUAGUUGAUCUGCUGAGUAUUUAUCGUAAAGCUGACAAGCUCGGAGUUAAUCGAGUAGGCAUAGCCGAUACAGUUGGUUGUGCCAAUCCACGACAAGUUUACGACCUAGUUCGAACACUCCGUGGUGUCGUCUCCUGUGACAUUGAGUGUCAUUUUCACAAUGACACUGGGUGUGCCAUUGCUAAUGCUUAUGCUGCCCUCGAGGCCGGAGCGACACACAUAGAUACUUCUGUAUUAGGAAUUGGCGAGCGUAAUGGUAUAACACCUCUUGGUGGACUUGUUGCUCGUAUGUACAGUGUGGACAGAGAUUAUGUCAAACGCAAAUACAAGCUUCACAUGCUCCGUGACCUCGAAAACUUAGUCGCCAAUGCGGUCAGUGUCCAAGUUCCUUUCAAUAACUAUAUCACUGGUUAUUGUGCUUUUACGCACAAAGCUGGCAUUCACGCUAAGGCAAUCCUAAACAACCCAAGUACUUAUGAGAUUUUGAAGCCGGAAGACUUUGGUAUGACGCGAUAUGUGUCUAUCGGUCAUCGCCUGACAGGUUGGAAUGCAGUUAAAAAUCGGGUGGAGCAGUUGGGGCUUAGUCUAACCGAUGAUCAAGUUAAAAAGAUUACAGCAAAGAUCAAGGUAUUGGCGGACAUUCGGCCACAGAGUAUGGAGGAUGUUGAUAAUUUACUGAGAGAUUAUCACCACGCCGUUGUUUCCGGAGAUGAAUCUCGGGUCAAUACUGUUUUGUCUGCUCCUGGGACGGUUUGA